AUGAACAAGAAUGAUACUGAUCCUGUCCUCCAGAUAAAAGAUCUAGACAAUGGAACAGUCAUGAGCAUAGAGGAAUUGGAGCGUAGCAAUAAUGAGUUUACGAACAGGAUGCGCUCCAAAAGCACAAGCAAAAAGAAUUUAAUUCCCGAGGAACUUCAGUUUACAACAUUUAAUAAUCAAGAAAAAGAUCCAUUUUUUAAGAGAACAGCAAUUGCUGACUAUUUACCUGCUCAUAAAGGCAAUGUUUGGUGCGUGGCUGGUUCUUCCGACGGAAAAUAUUCUGCAAGUGGUGGCGAAGACGGUCAAGUAAUCAUUUACACAAAUGAUGGUGGUCUCACACAACUCAGAGCUUUCAAAGGCCAUACGUCAGAUGUAGUCAUGUUAGAAUUUUCUAAUGACAACUUCCUUCUUAGUUGUUCAUUAGAUUCUACAGUCAGACUAUGGCACCCUACAGCAGAAAAAGAAUUAGCAAUUUUCCAACAUGAAGAUGCUGUCACUGCUGUUUCAUUUUUGCCUACUGACUCUUCAAUAAUAUUAGCAGCAACAUUAGGAAAUACUGUUUUUGUUUGGUCGGUUAGAGAAAAUGAAGUUAUUCACAGAAUUACUUUUGUUUCACCACCAACAGCUGCAGGCUUUUCACCCGAUGGCAAUUAUGUCGCAAUAGGCUGCCUUAAUGGUUUCGUUUUCGUUUAUACAAUGCCAGAAUUUCGCUAUGUUACUCAAUUUAUUGCCGGCCCUCGUGGCAAAAAACAAACAUCGAAUGAAAAAGUUACAUCUAUACAGUUCUUAGGAAAUGAACAAUUCUUGAUCGCAACAAAUGAUUCAAGAAUUAGAUUAUAUGCUUUAGAGAAUUUCUCAGUUGUUAGGAAAUUCCUAGGCCACGAAAGUAAAGAGGCUCAACUGAGAUUGUCGGUAUCUUCUGAUAACCAACUUUUAAUGACACCAAGUGAAAAUACAAGCGAAGUUUUUAUUUGGCCUGUUGACCACUCAAAAUACUUCAAAGGCAGCGGCUUGUUCGGAUCAUUCUUGAAGGAUAGAUCAAAGACUUACGAAGGUUUCAAAUACGGAAAGAAAUAUUUGAUAAACGCUGCUGCUUUUAUCCAAAAGUCAUCUAUUCAACACCUGGCUGUUAUUGUUGGCGAUAAUCGUGGAGGAGUGUCUAAAGUUAUAAGCAUACAAUAA